AUGGCAAGCACUCCAAACAUGACGGAGAUUUGUCGAAUGAUGGCGAGCCUCAACAUCUCCCACAACAGUCCAAUCGCUUCGCCUGCAGUACUUCCACCGUCAGCUAUCAUGCCUUCACCCACCUCUUUGGACAGUGUUGCGCAGCAAGACUACUUUGUGCAGAGAGCCGCCAGUGUCGAGCAUACUGUUCCGCAGCACGGUCCCAAUGCGCAGAAAGCGGCCAAAGAAAAAUACGCUGCUCCGCCCAGAGACUCCGUAGCAUCAACCCGCAGCGCGUCUCCUGCACAGACCGAUCACCCAGAAGAGCCGAGUGAAGACCAGAAGGACUGGGACUUCAUACUCUCCGCGAUGAAAGAGAACGGGGAAGCACAGAGGAUAUGGUUGGAGAAAGACUUUGAAGACCUGCUGGCCGCAAUCGAUGACCCGGAAAACAACAUCAGACCAUACGGGGAUCCGCGAAUCUUCGAAGUGCUGGAAAGAUUCAGCGCUCUGAAUGGACGCCGUGCUCGGGAUAUCUCUCAGCUGAUGGAGGCAGCUUGCAAUCCUAUGCACCUGCUUACCAAGAAUGAAAAGAAGCAGGCGAAAAAGACGGCCCAUUCGUUGUGCUUUUCUCCAGAGCAGUUGUUUGGAAGAUUUUGCCUGAAAGUCACUACGGAGCAACGUUUCAAGUAUUUCAUCGACACGCUCUUCGCUGCCAGAACCAAAUUCUGCGAAGAGAUUCCAGCGCUCGUUCCGCUAGGCGAGAGAAAGAAGCGACGGCCCAAAGGUUCGCGUGCUGGAGGCAAAAGCAUGAAGAAGAAGACGAAGACCAAGAAGGACAAGGGAAUAAUACCUAUCAUAACCAUGUGGGCCUUUCAACUUCACCAGAGAGUAAAGAGAGACGACUUUCUCGAAUAUUUCCUCGGUGAAAACGCCUGGUUCCAGGAUCGAACCCCAAGGAGGCAAAAAUUGCAUUUACGAUAGUAUCGACAGAUUGAAGACCCGGAAAACUUCUACCUGAUCGACCUGUAUGAAUACGAAACGGGCGAGCGAAAGGAUCAGGUGCACGAGCUGAAAGUCAAGUAUGGCAUCCAGAACUUCUCGUAUAAGCUGAAUCCGGAGUGCGAGCAACUCGAAGCAAAGGAGCUGCGCGAGUCCUCUGUAGACAAAGCCAUCGUCAAGCCAGCGUCAGUCGCUGGCAUUGCCAUUCCGCGGACUCGCAAUGCACUCGGCUUUCCCCACGACCUCAUGCGGAUCGAUGUGAUGAUGUUCAAAGACAUGAAGGGCGCGGCGGAGAGAUGCCUCGAAUUCAACGACCAGGUCUGUGGCGAGCUGGAGAAGAGAGGGAAUCCAUGCGUGAGCGGACCGAUGGUGGAUGGCAAGCGGAACCCCGACACGCUGCUGAGAUUCUCCGGGUGGAGUUCUCUGGAGGAUAGCAAGCGGUUUGGGAAGUGGAUCGAGGAGCGUGUGCCUCCAGAUUCUGUGGAUCCGGCUCAUUGCCACGUUGGUCAUUUCGAGUUGUUAUGUUUCUGCGACGAGGAUGAGCGGACGGAAGAAGACGAGGACAAUUGCGACGUUGUUCAGAAGGGAGAGCAGGAUCAGAAUGAGGAAGAGAGGAAUUUCUAA